AUGUCAGGAAGAGGUAAGUUUGCUGGGCUGCUGCGUCGCAGCGUGCGUCUAGAUAGUUCGCUCUUAAUUUGUUGUUGCUGUGAUGACCAGCCGGUCAGUUUACCGGCAGUGCGCCUUAACCCCUUGGCCCUAACCCUAGCUUACCCUAAAAAAGUGCACCAAUGGCCACGAUUUUAUGUAGGUCGUGGGAGCAGCGGCGGCUAUGGUCCCAGCAGCGGAAGCGGCGGCUAUGGUGGUGGUGGCCGCGGCCGCGGCGGCGGCAGCGGCGGCGGCGGCGGUUAUGGUGGUGGCCCAAGCGGCAGCCGGGACUAUGAGGGCGGCCGCUUCUACGGCGGUGGCGGCGGUGGCAGGGGUAGCGGUGGUGGUGGGCGAGGUGGUGGAGGUCAGCAGGUUGCUGCACUUUCGUCUUCGGAAGUGGCGAGCCGCCUCGGAGGAAUCUUCCGUGGACUCCGCAUGACGGCGGCUGGCGCUAAGGUCGGAAAGAACCGCCUGCAGUACUACUUAUAA